ACUUGCAUGCAGAAGAGGGAGAGACUACACCCAUCACAGUUUGAGGAGUGGGUCAGUCUCCCGCUUGCAUUUUUGGAUUACUGGAACUGGGAACUUUGAAAACUCAGUCUGGGUCCCUGGUCAAGAGCGCAGAGAUGAAUGGCCGUGCUUUACCGCCUUCCAUCCCUGAGGAUGGCGAGGUCUUGGACUACAAUCCACAUGGGGAGAAGAAUGGUUACCAUCAAAGGUUUCGGGAUGGGGAUGGAGGAGAGGCAGAAAUGCUGGUGUCCAAGUCCCAGAGGCGGAAAAGCGACGUCAAAGUCUAUAAGGAGUUUUGUGAUUUUUAUGCACGCUUCAACAUGGCCAACGCCCUUGCCAAUGCUAUGUGUGAGCGCUGCAAGAGUGGCUUUGCUCCGGCAGAGAAGAUAGUGAACAGCAACGGAGAACUUUACCAUGAGCAGUGCUUUGUGUGCGCUCAGUGUUUCCAACAGUUCCCCGAGGGACUCUUCUAUGAGUUUGAAGACAGGAAAUACUGUGAGCAUGACUUCCAGAUGCUCUUUGCUCCAUGCUGCCACCAAUGUGGUGAAUUCAUCAUUGGCCGCGUCAUCAAAGCCAUGAACAACAGCUGGCACCCGGAAUGUUUCUGCUGUGACAUCUGCCAAGCCGUGCUUGCCGAUGUUGGAUUUGUUAAAAAUGCCGGCAGGCACCUGUGUCGUCCGUGCCACAACAGAGAGAAAGCUCGUGGACUCGGCAAGUACAUUUGCCAAAAGUGUCACGCCAUCAUUGAAGAGCAGCCCCUUCUGUUCAAGAAUGACCCCUACCACCCUGAUCACUUCAACUGCAACAACUGCGGAAAGGAACUGACUGCUGAUGCCAGGGAGCUGAAGGGGGAGUUGUACUGUUUGCCCUGCCACGACAAGAUGGGCGUCCCCAUCUGCGGGGCCUGCAGGAGACCCAUCGAGGGCCGUGUGGUCAAUGCAAUGGGCAAGCAGUGGCAUGUGGAGCAUUUUGUGUGUGCUAAGUGUGAGAAACCCUUCCUGGGACAUCGCCACUAUGAACGCAAGGGCCUGGCCUACUGUGAAACACACUACAACCAGCUGUUUGGAGAUGUUUGCUACCACUGCAAUCGCGUUAUAGAAGGAGACGUGGUGUCGGCCCUCAACAAGGCUUGGUGCGUCAACUGUUUUGCUUGCUCCACUUGCAACACCAAGCUCACCCUUAAGGAUAAAUUUGUGGAAGUGGAUCUGAAGCCGGUGUGUAAGCACUGCUAUGAACGUCUGCCGGAUGACGUGAAACGCCGGUUGUCAAAGCGGGAGCGCGACUCAAAGGAGAAAAAGAAGAAACCGUUGAUACCCAUGUGUCUGUGAUCUUCUCUCAUUUCCUUCUCCACACUUCAGCUGUUCUUCUCUUGGAACAAGUUUGUGGAGUUUGACAUGAAGCCGGUGUGUAAGAAGUGCUAUGAAAAAUUUCCACUGGAGCUGAAGAAGAGACUGAAGAAGCUGUCAGAAACCGUUGCACGGAAGUAAAUGCGGCGUUCAUGUCAAAACCUGACAUGUCUACAUUGAGUCUUUUUACGUAGCACUGCAGAGCUUUGAGUGUCAUGUAAUGAGUCAGACUCUGUCACAAAGUGUGCUGCCUGUGUCAUCUGCAACUCAAAACAAACUUUCACAUAGCUUCCUUUUUACACUUGUUAUUUAAAACAUUGCGAUGAAUUGACUGUGUUACUGAUGCUCUGGCAUAUUAAAGAGCAAGCCCAAAGUAAAAUGAAGAAAGUGUUUCUCUUUGAAUAAUCACUAUAUUAUGUAUUGUAAAUGUGUACUUUUGCUAAUAUAUAUCAAGUAGUUGUUUCAGUGGCCUUCUUGUGUCUGUAACAGAUUUGAUUUCAAGUUGAUUGGUUUGUUGUUUAGUGUUGUAUGCAUUGAUUGAAUGGAGAUUUUAUUGGUGGCAUUCUCUAUUUCAAGUGUAUUUCUACACCAUGUGGCUUAUGUUUACUAUCCAAUAUACUAUCAAUGCAUGCCUGACAUGAAAUCAAAAGUUUAGUUCGAAUUUUGCACUGGAAAAAAAGGCUUCAUAGUAGCCAGCUGCCUUUCAGAGCAACUGUUAUGUUACAGUACAACUUGAUGAAUGGUGGCAUUUGCAUGUGGUGUUAAACAUGUGUCGCCGCUGUUUGUAAUCCAGGCAAAAUUAUCCUCUUACCCCAACUCUCUUCAGACUCGACAACAGUGCCGACUGUCCAAUCUGCUUACCCAGUAUUGUUUAACCUGAACUGUAUUUUGCCCUAAAACGCAAAUGUCUUGGAUUCACUAGAAUUACACAUUCCACAGCGGAGCAAAACAUGAGCCGUGUUUUUGUCCUGAAUGUCACACCUGAUGCCAGAUCAUUUCAAUUAUUCAUGUUAAAGUACAUUCAUAUAGCCAUUUAUUUGUAAUUCAGCCAUACUUGAGAGGCACAGUGGUAUACCAAAGUUUGUUUUUUUUUUCUUCACAUUGCUUGGCAAUCACAUAAACAUGCCAAAAUGUAUGGCUGUAAACCAUAAUGCAUUCGAUAAAAAAUGCUGGCCUCUCAGCCUAAUAAACAUGUAUUUAAAUUA